CGAACCAACAGUACGAUUUCAUUCCACGAGAAACUUCCGAGCGGCUUGUGUCCGUGUUGCUAUUACGCGUUUGUGUGUUCCGUCCGCACCCGCCGCUGUGCGUGUACAGUUAACCGCCAUCGUUGGCCGUUCGUCGUCUCGUUUCCCCUCCAAACGACGACGCUCGCCGCGUAAACGUGAUCGGGGUAAAGUUCGUUUUCUACAAUCAUAUCAUUCCACUGCCGUCUUAACGUAAGCGGUUUUAUUUUAGAAUAGACUUUUAACUUUUUUUACAUCUUUAUUUUAGUGUUUUCUUCUAGUAGUCAUCAUCGUUAGUUAGUGUGCGCGCCGUCGUGUUCGUCGUGUGCCGCCAAAAUAUUAUUAAUUGAGUAAAGUGUCGCCACCGCCACCAUGUUUGACGUGUUCGGCUCCGUCAAGGGGCUGUUGAAGAUCGACAGCGUAUGCAUAGAUAACAACAUAUUCAGGUUGCACUACAAGGCGACCGUCAUUAUUUUGGUGGCUUUCUCAUUGCUAGUCACGUCUCGUCAGUACAUCGGUGACCCAAUCGACUGUAUCGUCGAUGAUGUACCCCUUAAUGUUAUGGACACCUAUUGUUGGAUUUACUCUACGUUCACCAUUCCAAAUCGGGUGGCCGGUCGCAUUGGCAAGGAUGUCGUCCAGCCCGGUAUAGCAUCUCAUGUAGAUGGCGAAGACGAAGUUAAAUACCACAAGUACUACCAGUGGGUGUGCUUCGUUCUAUUUUUCCAGGCUAUGUUCUUUUAUUUACCCAGGUAUAUGUGGAAAACUUGGGAGGGUGGCCGUAUCAAAAUGUUAGUGUUAGACCUUAACUGCCCAAUCAUCAGUGAAGACUGUAAAAAUGACCGCAAGAAACUGCUAUUAGAUUAUUUUGCCACUAAUUUACACACCCAAAACUUCUAUGCUAUUAGAUUUUUCCUAUGCGAGUUCCUGAAUUUUGUAAAUGUAAUUGCUCAAAUAUUUUUCAUGGAUUAUUUUCUGGAAGGUGAGUUUAGUACGUACGGUUCUGAUGUAUUGCGUUUCACCGAGAUGGAACCUGAAGACCGAGCUGAUCCAAUGGCUAGGGUAUUUCCAAAAGUCACCAAAUGUACAUUCCACAAAUAUGGUCCAUCUGGAUCUAUCCAGAAGUUGGAUGGUUUAUGCGUGUUACCAUUGAACAUUGUAAAUGAAAAAAUCUAUGUGUUUUUAUGGUUUUGGUUUUUGUUUGUGGCUGUACUCAGUGGUCUUAACUUAGUGUACCGUACUGCCGUUGUGGUCAUGCCAAAAUUCCGUUUAUUAUUGCUGAGAGCUAGAUCUCGCCUUGCACCUCAAGAUGAAGUUGAAACUAUCACUAAGAAAUGCCAGAUUGGAGAUUGGUUUGUUUUAUACCAGUUGGGAAAAAAUAUUGACCCAUUGAUCUUCAAAGAACUUGUAUCGGACUUAGCAAAAAGGCUGGACGGUAAGGAGAGUGUGUAAAUGUGACUUGACGGAACAACAAUCAUGUAUUUAAUUACUCAAUUAAACCAACAUAUUGUUAGCUUAGGAAAACACUGUUGAAUGAAUGAAUAAGCAAUAAUUUAGACAAUAUUUUUAUUUUUCUAUGUUCUUUUUACCCUAAAUCUCCAUGCAGUACUAAUUAUUAUAUACUUUUUCAAUUUGAACUUUCAAUAGGAGAACAAGGGAAUUGUGCAGUUUUAAACAAAAAUGUUGUUGUGUUCAUGAUUAACCUAGCCGGUUUUUAAAUUAUUAUUGACAAUUCGAAGCUUAAUAUUCCACAAUAUAUGAUUUAUUAUUAUAUAUUUUUUAUCAUUAUUAUUAAUUUAUUUUUAUUUUUUUUUUUUUAACUAUAAACAUUUUAAAUGUACAAAAAAAAAAAAUAUUGUUGGUCUCAUUACUGUUGUACAUAAAUUAAAAAAAAAUUUAUAACUGCUGUGACAUUUACUUUAAAAUGGUUGGUUGCGGAUUGUCUAUAUUUUGUAUAAAUUCUUUUAGAUGGUGUUAAAAUACAACCAUUUAUUGUAUUUAUGUUGAGGCACUAAAUAAUAUCUGUGGUUUCUUUCAUAGGAAAAACUAUCAAAUUUUAACAACUUGAAUUUUUUUGCAUAUUGCUACUUUUUUAUAUUAAGUAGGUAUUCUUACUCAUUUAUAGAACUAUUGCAAUAUAUAAAUUAAUGAAAGUCUUAAUUGUCAAUUAUUGUUUGUGUUAAGACAUCAUGUCCAUCCAUUAUUGAAGUUCAUUCAAAGUUUGUUAUCAUUAAUGAGCGUUAAUCUAUUAAUACAAUCAAAACGUGUAUUUUCUGUGUCUUCCAUUUUGAGCAAAGAAUGUGUUCACAAUUAUAUCAUCAUACAUUCCAUGUGUGCUCAAUAAUAACAAAAUAUUUCCUUAACUAAAAUAAAAACCGAAUUUUGCACAAAUGAUGUACAAUUUAUAACUUGUUCUUUUUUAAAAUUAAUUUGUAAAUAUGUCAAAAAUUUUGGGCCUCGUGAAUGUCGUUUAUAUUUAAAUUUUAUAAACAUUAUCAUGAAACAUAUGUGAUGCUAAUUAGCUGUAAUUUUAGAUUUAGUAACUGAUUUUUUUUUUUUUUUAUCCUAGAUGUUUAGAUAUUAUUUUUUAUUAUAAAUAUAUUAUUUAAAUAUAUAUGUUAACAAAAUAUUCCAUAAGUGCCUUUUUGUACUACAUAUAUUAAUAUCUUAAUGUACACUUGCACAUAUCGAAGAAUUAUUAUGUACUCUCAAAAUUGAUUAUUAUUCAACAUUCCAUUUUAUAUGUUCAUACAGUGUUCACUUGAUUUAAAACGAUUUAAGUGUGCCUUAUAUGCAUAGAACAUUAACAUUGUGUCAAUUAAGCCCAAAUUGACUGCCAAUAUAAGACUAUUAGAUACUUUUGUUAUACUUGAGACAAUGAUAUUUGAAAUAACGUUUGAUAAAAGUAAUGUAUUCAGUGUUUCUUUUUUAUAAUUAUUUAAUUAAAACAAAAUGUACAGAAAAUAUGUAAUGAUAUGAAGCCUGAUUAAAAUCUACACUAUCUGUGUUAGAGGUAUUUUUUGAUAUAUUUGUAUGUAUUUACUACCUAAUAAAUAAAAUAUGUUCAAUAUA